AUGGCGUUUCUAUCACACCGCGAACAGGGCAAACAGACCGGAGAAGAAAGGGACCCCAUGUUGAAAGCAAAGGCCGAAAUGAGGAUUCAGACCCUCCAUUGUUCCUCGGUCGAAAACAAGCAUGGCUUGCGAGAUGCCCUGGCUGCCGCACCUGAACCGACUCUCUAUAAUCUUUGCUCUCAGAGGUUGUGGUUUUCGUGGCCAAAGCCAUCGUUGCAUCUGAUGCGGCACAUCAACCCCUAG